GUGAGAUGAGUGUCCGGCCUGAGCAGGCACACCAUGAAUAGAUACACAACAAUCAGGCAGCUCGGGGAUGGAACCUACGGUUCCGUCCUGCUGGGAAGAAGCAUUGAGUCUGGGGAGCUGAUCGCUAUUAAAAAAAUGAAAAGAAAAUUUUACUCCUGGGAGGAAUGCAUGAACCUUCGGGAGGUUAAGUCUUUAAAGAAGCUCAACCAUGCCAAUGUAGUCAAAUUAAAAGAAGUUAUCAGGGAAAAUGAUCAUCUUUAUUUUAUCUUCGAGUACAUGAAGGAAAAUCUUUACCAGCUCAUUAAAGAGAGAAAUAAGUUGUUUCCUGAGUCUGCUAUAAGGAAUAUCAUGUAUCAGAUAUUACAAGGACUUGCAUUUAUUCACAAACACGAGAGCAAUACAAUCGCAAAGAAUAAUACGGAAGCGAACUUGCAUUUGGAUUUCUUCUCCUCUACUGUCUCUAUAGGCUUCUUUCAUCGAGACUUAAAGCCUGAGAACCUCCUCUGCAUGGGACCAGAACUUGUGAAAAUUGCAGACUUUGGUUUGGCCCGAGAAAUACGAUCAAAACCUCCAUAUACAGAUUAUGUAUCUACCAGAUGGUACAGGGCUCCAGAAGUACUCCUGAGGUCUACCAACUACAGCUCCCCCAUUGAUGUCUGGGCCGUGGGCUGCAUCAUGGCAGAAGUUUACACCCUCAGGCCGCUAUUCCCUGGAGCCAGUGAAAUUGACACAAUAUUCAAAAUUUGCCAAGUGCUGGGGACACCAAAAAAGACUGACUGGCCUGAAGGCUAUCAACUUUCAAGUGCAAUGAACUUCCGUUGGCCGCAGUGUGUACCCAAUAACUUAAAGACCUUGAUUCCCAAUGCUAGCAGUGAAGCAAUCCAGCUCCUGAGAGACAUGCUUCAGUGGGAUCCCAAGAAACGACCAACAGCUAGUCAGGCACUUCGAUAUCCUUACUUCCAAGUUGGACACCCACUAGGCAGCACCACACAAAACCUUCAGGAUUCAGAAAAACCACAGAAAGGCAUCCUGGAAAAGGCAGGCCCACCUCCUCAUAUUAAGCCAGUCCCACCUGCCCAGCCGCCAACCAAGCCACACACACGAAUUUCUUCACGACAACAUCAAGCCAGCCAGCCCCCUCUGCAUCUCACGUACCCCUACAAAGCAGAGAUCUCCAGGACAGAUCACCCAAGCCAUCUCCAGGAGGACAAGCCAAGCCCGUUGCUUUUCCCGUCCCUCCACAACAAGCAUCCCCAGUCGAAAAUCGCAGCUGGCCUGGAGCACAAAAAUGGUGAGAUAAAGCCAAAGAGUAGGAGAAGGUGGGGUCUUAUUUCUAGGUCAACAAAGGAUUCAGAUGAUUGGGCUGACUUGGAUGACUUGGAUUUCAGUCCAUCCCUCAGCAGGAUUGACCUGAAAAACAAGAAAAGACAGAAUGAUGACCCUCUCUGCAGGUUUGAGAGUGUUUUGGACCUGAAGCCCUCUGAGCCUGUAGGCACAGGAAACAGUGCCCCCACCCAGAUGUCAUAUCAGCGGCGAGACACGCCCACUCUGAGAUCUGCAGCCAAGCAGCACUAUUUGAAGCACUCUCGAUACUUGCCUGGGAUCAAUAUAAGAAAUGGCAUACUCUCGAAUCCAGGCAAGGACUUUAUUCCACCUAAUCCAUGGUCUAGUUCUGGCUUGUCUGGAAAAUCUUCGGGGACAGUGUCAGUAAUCAGCAAAGUAAAUUCAGUUGGUUCCAGCUCUACAAGUUCUAGUGGACUGACUGGAAACUAUGUCCCUUCCUUUCUGAAAAAAGAAAUCGGUUCUGCUGUGCAGAGGGUACACCUAGCACCUAUUCCAGACCCUUCCCCUGGUUAUUCCUCCCUGAAGGCCAUGAGACCUCAUCCUGGGCGACCAUUCUUCCACACCCAGCCUAGAAGCACUCCUGGGUUGAUACCACGGCCUCCAGCCGCCCAGCCAGUGCAUGGCCGGACAGACUGGGCUUCCAAGUACGCAUCUCAGCGAUGACUAUCUGCCUUGGUGAUGAAUCUCUUCAUAGGGAGAAGCAGGACACUUUCCCUCAGCUGACUGGUGUUCUACCUGCAAGAUGUGCAGAGGGCAUAAAAGCAAAUCAACACUUUAUAGUUAUUCUUCUGAACUAAGACAUGUCAAUAUUCUUUUUUAAAGUUUUUUUUAAAAAUAUUGAUUUGAAUGCAGUAGGCUUUUUUGUAUAAAAUUAUUUUAUUCUAAAACUGGGUCCCAUUAUUUUCUUAAACAACAGCAUUUUGUAUAUAUGGAUUAUGUUUUAGCAUUUUAUACAGUCAACUUUGUAAUGAACUUUUUGAAAAUUAAUUGAUUUUCCUUUGGGGUUCCAGAUAAUAUUUUCUACAGAUUUUGAAAAAUAUAAUAAUAUUAAUGCAGUAUUGCAACAGGGGUGCAAUUUAAGGCUAUGUGAUAGAGGGUUAUUUACUCAGUGGGUGCAGAUAUUUAUGAAGUGGUUAAAUUUCAAGUGUGGCUCACUAGGUACUUCAGGCCUUCUUGGACUGUUGUUAGAAAAGUGAUCCUCUGCUUUUCUUAAUAGGUCAUUGGUUUGAUUUUUGGAUACCACUCUGCUGUUCUAAAAGGACUAUUAUAUAAUUCACUUUGUUUUACUUUUGUUCCCCAGAUGAAAGAACGCUAAGUAAAUACAUUUUUAAAAAUUUUUCUGACACUCUUUAAUGUGGUUGCAGAUCUCAGAUGAAACCAAGCUUAAUUAUACUAUGCCAUUAUAUUCUAAUUUAUUCCAUUUUUGAAAUCAAGUUGUAUGUGUACCAAUAAAAGGAGAGCUUUCUGCUUCAAAAGGCUCUCAACAUGAAGGUUAACACAGUCCAUCAAACUUACAUUCCUGCCAAGAUGCAUGGCCAAAAAACUAAGUAUCAAAGCAGCAGAAGGUUUUUGAUUAUAGUAACUGAGAUGGAAUUUUGCGUCUAGCUCAGUUCUCCAGAUCUGGCUAGGAGCAGUCAAUGACUAAUCUUCUGUCCUAGCCAAAUUCUCAGGACAAUUUGGGGAGCAGAAAGAGUUAUGGCAGAGGUUCCACUCAUCUAUGAAGUCACAGUCACGUGCCACAUUUGAUAUCCUAACCCUGGUGUAGUUUCUUUCAAGAGUGAGAACUUUAUUUGUUGGGCAGAGGCUGUUCCAUUGAGAGGAAUGUUUACAGCAAUUUCAAAAAUGACAAAGCCAUUUUGGAGACAGAAAAAGACAAAAGAUCCAGUCUCAUCCAUCUCUAUAUGGUACAUUUGCCUCACUUAUGGUUGCCUUAAAGGCAAGAGGGAAGGUCACCAUCAGUGAACGCAAUGCAAUCUCAACAGUCUAUUGAUUCAUAUUCUCCUACGGCUCAAACUACUCUCUAUUGGUUCCAGGAUAAUGACAAAUUGAACCAUAUGUAAGUAAUCUUUUUUUUUUUUUGAGACGGAGUCUCACUCUAUCGCCCAGGCUGGAGUGCAGUGGUGUGAUCUUGGCUCUCUGCAACCUCCGCCUCCCAGGUUCAAGCAAUUCUCCUGCCUCAGCCUCCUGAGUAACUAGGACUACAGGCACCCGCCACCACGCCCAGCUAAUUUUUGCAUUUUUAUUAGAGAUGGGGUUUCACCGUGUUAGCCAGGACGGCCUCGAUCUCCUGACCUCAUGAUCCACCCUACUCCACCUCCCAAAGUACUGGGAUUACAGGCAUGAGCCACCGCACCCAGCCAAGUGAUCAUUUUUAUAGGUUAAAAUGAUAGGUGAAAUGAAUAUAGACACUUUCAUAUGGUUCAACCUAAUGACUUGGUAAAUUAUUGCCUUGGUGUAUUAAUAAUAUGUUGCAUUCUGAACAAAUUACCAUGGCUUCCAAAGGGCCCUAACCUAAAAUCAGAGAGUAAUUUAUGCUUUGGAGAAUCUGACUCAAAAAUAUACUUGACCAAACACCAUGAUCCCUAGGGGCAUGAGAAAAGCACAUAAUGGAUGUGGAUGUGAUAGGUGGUCUUUUCCUGUUAACAAGCUGGCAGCAAAGCUUCAGAAAAUAUAUAUGCAAGCACAACUUGAAGCUGAAUUCAUUUCUGUAUUAUAUUCUCAACUCGUUAUCUAAAGCAUCAGAAAAUGUGUUUUCAGAGUCCUUUACUAUAAGGUUAAUAUUUAUUUUCAUUUUCUGUAUUAUAUAUGAAAAGUAAAUUAAUGUGAAACCUUGCCCAGCUUGCUGGAAAGCAGGUUUUAAAUUGUAAAUAUUCCUUAGAGGAGCAAAUGGAUUGUUUAAUACCAUAGUCUCGGUAAUCUAGCUUAUAUAAGGUCAUUACAUUUUUUAAUUGAAAAACCUAGUUACCUGAUUAUUACACAUUAUAAAAUUGUUUUUCUAAUACUUUACAGGGCCCAACUUCAGAAAAUACUUUGCUUUCUUCUUUUUACGCUUUCCUUUGUUUACCAGCAAACAACUUCCCUGGGGAAGCCAAACACAUAUUCAUAAAAAAAAUCAAGUAGCUGAUGUGCAGUUGAGAAAACGAAAGGACUGCAAAAACAAAUUCUAACUAGCAAAUGCUGUGAAGUACUCUUCCUCCCCUUCUCUGAAAUGGGUAAAGGACAAAUUGUGUAAAAAACCUAUGCACUAUAGAAGGGAAUAGUAACCAUUUCUUUUGUCUCUCUGUUUCUGUUCUGACUGAGAAUCUGUGCAGCCAUUUCUUGUUACCUCUAUUUUAUGUUACUAUAGAAUUAUGAAAUGUAAUGUAAGACACCAACAGAAAUGAUAUACCUGUAACUACCUAUCAGGACUAUACCUCAUUUACAGUCAGAAAGCUUACUGGGAUGUCAGGAAAUGAUACAGGGUUGGUUCUCAUUUUGUGCCGAAAUGAGACAGAAGUUCAGUGAUGAAGGUGUGUUGUGGGGGUAUUGAUGUGCCCCAGGUAGUGCCAGCAGAGCAGGGAAAACUGCAUUUUCAUAAAAACUACUCUUGACAUGAUCGUUCAUUUUACAAAAAAAUUCCAUUAAUUACCAAGCCCUCAGCCAGCUCAUGUGUGAUAGGAUUUAUGUAGGAAGAAACUUGAUUUUCAAAUAAUUUUUUAAAUGUAUCUCUUGCCUAAAGGACUAUAUACAUCUAAUAAAGUAACGCUGUGUCAUCUUCUGGAGUUAUCAAAAAUUGUAUACAAUCAAGACAACACAAAAUAAGAAUUAUUUUAUUUUUAAGUGCAAAUACAGGUACUGUUGGAGUUGAUGGGCACCAUGCUUUCUCAUGAAGUAGCAUUUCCCUACAAUCAAGCCAUUGUUUUGUGCCAUUCAGGAGAGGAAAAAAAGGAAUUUAUGCUGUACAUUUCAGUUCAGUGUAUGACCAAAAGCAAUAUGUUUAUAAGAAGAUGUUUGACAUACUAAUUAUUUUAUAUCAUUUAAACCAUACUGUAGCAACAUAAUAUAUGGAGCUAAUUUUUAGAAUUAUAUUUACGAUUUCCAACCAAAUGUACUGUACUGUUAUAUAAUUUAUUGUGAGGACCUUCUCAUGGAAACCAUUAGGAAGACAAACUAGAGGUAAAUAUCACAUUAAUCUGUAUUAUCAGUUUCUCAUAGACACUGUGCUAAUGUGAAUUUUAAAUGACCUGCAUCAAGUCUUCUGAUCUCAGAUAACUCAGUACAGAUAGCAAUUAGUCACCUGAUUUGAUUACAAUGGAGUAACCGACAAUAUAUUUAUUUAUAAAGCACAUAUUCAUAAUAAUGAGAAGAAUUCAGAAAACCACUUAAGCAAGACCCUUCUGAAAUAAAAAAUGUUGCUUUUUAAAUAGUUUGUCCUAAGGUGUUUAAAAAUGUCAACCUUAUGUAAGGAAAAAUUUCCUGGUCCAAAUAAAGUUGAAGUUUAAGAAAAA